CUGAGCUGAGCUUCCUGAUUUAGUGUUACCUCCAAGCUCCCAGUGGAAAGUUCCUGGUGCUCGGGCACGGAGAUGGAGCCUCCAGCAGAAGCAGCAGCUGAUCCGGAGCAGGAUGACCAUCUGAGCCGGGUGAAAGCGCUGACAGCAAAGUUAAAGCUGCAGACCCGCAGACCCUCGUUCGCGGAAUGGCAGCAGAAACUGGAGAGCGAGCCGUGGAAAAGUAGCGAGAGCUGGGAGCCCCACUCGGCACCAGCCAGUGACAGUAAUGUGAGCCUGACCCAGGGAUUGUACACAAACAGUGACAUCUCCCUGACCAGCAUCUGUGGCUUCGCCAAUAUCGGAGAAGCUUUAGAUUGGCUGAGGAAAGAGCUGCGAGAGAUGCAGUCGUCAGAUCACCAACUCGCUCGGAAGCUCAUUUGUCUCAGGAGAGAGAUUCACAGACUAAAGGUGGAGCAGAUCUGUCAUCAGCACAAGGAGAUGUUGGAUGAUGUAACAUACGGACUGGAGGAAUGUGAAGAAGAGUCGGACUUGCUCUUGGAUAUUCCGCUGAAAGCUGUUUUCAGUCUCUCCACACCACUCAAACAUAUAGGGGUGACUAAAAUGAACAUUAACUCCAGAAGGUUCUCUCUUUCCUGAUCUAACACAGAGCCAAUUAAUCUUUAGACUACUAAUAAACAAAAGUUUGAUCACACUGUGAGGGAAUUGAGCAUUGCAACACUGCCUGUAGAUUAUUGUUGGAGUCAAUUUUCAACCCCACUCCAAUUAAAAGUCCUGUUACAUGAAUUUGGAUAGUCUCAUGGGUCACAUGCAGUGUGGAACUGAAGGUUGUGCAGUUUGAUGAAGCUAGGAUGAUGAGGGUAAUGUUGAUGGAGCUAUGCAUUGUAUUUGUUUUGUGCUUUGCCUCACUGACGAAUGUUAUUAGUGAUGAGGGUAAUUGUAGCCUAAUUAAAUUCUCAAGGGCCAUCGACAUUAACACAUGGACAAAUAAAGCCCUAAAUCUUGCAGAUUAUUCUGUACAUUAACAUUGAUUAUAAUCUGCUCUGUCAAUAGCAGAGAUAAUUAGAUUUAUCUGUAUUUUUAUUCAUAUUUUUGUUAGAAAUAUGAUCAUGUAAAAUCAAGUACUAGUAAUCCAACUAGGGCACUGCACUGUUAUUGGAAAAUUGAUUUCAGUAUAAUUGGUAAACUUCCAAAAAAUGCCUCAAAGCUAAUAAAAUUAUAUCAUAAAGUGCUUUACAUUUUCAUUCUGCAUGAGACCUAGGGUGAACUGAAGCAUGAUAAGUGCAAGCAAGGUCUACCGGUAUGUUGUUGCUGGUGGGAAACUACAGUUUAUGAAGGUGACAGCCAGGAAUUGAAAGUAAAUCCUGGCAUAUUUUU